AUGUCAAGAUUGUGGUCUUUAAAGUCUGGAAAGGUAUCCAAGUUAACUGCUCACAAUCCUGAUUCCCACAGGCUUUUCAGCUGCACAUGGAGUGGACACUCCGGCGUCCACAGCUCAGUGUACGACCUUAGCUGGAUCUCCAACAUACAAGUGAAUCAACCGGCAGUUUUGAGGCGAGCGGAACAAAUCCAGGCGCGCAGAACCUUGAAGAAGGAGUGGCAGGCUGCUUGGCUCCUGAAAGCGGUUACCUUUAUAGAUCUCACCACACUGUCGGGUGAUGAUACCUUUUCCAACAUUCAGAGGCUCUGUUACAAAGCCAAAUACCCAAUCCGGGAAGAUCUCUUAAAAGCCUUGAAUAUGCAUGAUGAAGGCAUCACUGUGGCUGCUGUUUGUGUUUAUCCUGCCCGGGUUUGUGAUGCUGUGAAAGCACUAAAGGCUGCAGGCUGUGACAUCCCUGUGGCAUCAGUGGCCACUGGCUUUCCAGCUGCACAGACUCAUUUAAAAACUCGAUUGGAAGAGAUCCGAUUGGCUGUGGAGGAUGGCGCCACAGAAAUCGACGUGGUCAUUAAUAGGAGCCUGGUGCUGACCGGCCGAUGGGAAGCCCUGUAUGAUGAGAUUCGGCAGUUUCGCCAGGCCUGUGGGGAGGCUCAUCUCAAAACCAUCUUAGCCACAGGAGAACUCGGAUCUCUUACGAAUGUUUAUAAAGCCAGUAUGAUAGCAAUGAUGGCGGGAUCAGAUUUUAUUAAGACCUCUACUGGAAAAGAAACAGUAAAUGCCACCUUCCCGGUAGCUAUAGUAAUGCUACGGGCCAUUAGAGAUUUCUUCUGGAAAACUGGAAACAAGGUGGGCUUUAAGCCAGCGGGAGGCAUCCGCACUGCCAAGGACUCCCUGGCGUGGCUCUGUCUCAUGAAGGAGGAGCUGGGGGAUGAGUGGCUGAGGCCAGAACUCUUCCGCAUAGGCGCCAGCUCUCUGCUCACAGACAUAGAGCAGCAGAUUUACCAUCAUGUGACUGGAAGGUACGCGGCUUCUCAUGAUCUUCCAAUGUCCUAAAUCAGCAACCUGCCUCAGAGAAGUUCUUUGCAACAAUGUUUAAAUGUAUUUUUUUUGCAUAAUUCCUAGCCAUGCCAUUAAAACAUAGGAGAAUAGAUAACUGACUUUUUUCUCUUAAAAUUUCUACUGGAUUUAAGCCUCAGAAAUGAAAGAAAAAGCAAACUAAUCUAUAAGUGGCCCUCAUUUCAGGUACAUCUGAAACUACCUUAAUUACCAAAAAAAAUCUGCACUAUUAAUUUUGUGAAGGUGUUCUCCUGAAACUCUGGGUAAAAUGUGCAUGAUAGUUUUGAAACCAUCAAAUUCUAAGGGGUGGGGAAGGAAGCUACCCAGGAAGUAUGCCCAGCAAACAAAUUACAGCAUUCCCGAGCUGCUACAGAAAUGACUCCAGGAGCACCAAUUCUGUGUUAAUAUCCUGCCAUGAAAUCCCAUCCUUAAGUUUUGUAGAGAAGA